GAGCAGGCGAGACCGCCACAAUUAUGCACGAGGCGGGAUGGGGGCUGUUCCUCGAGCACCAGCUGUCACCUAUACCAUGGCUGAAGUAGCAAUAGACGGCGCGUGUGGGCGCAUUCGGAAAAAGAAAGGUUCUUGGCAGCCACGAGGGGAUCAACUGUCAAUCUUCUCAAAUGUUGGCUCUAGUCUGUUGGCCAAGUCCCUCUUCCAUUUGAUCCUCGCCAACCUCGCAGAUCCAGGUAUUGUCUUGUCUUCUGCUCCGCACGCCUGUCCAUCCCGUCUUCUGCCCCUGGUUUGGGGCCAGCCAACAACAUGAUCGACCUCAACACGACCAACGGCUCCGUGGCCGUCGUCAUCAUCGUCUUCAUCAGCAUCGCCUACUACAAUGUCCUGGAGCUCAACGUCUACAUCUUCGGCACCUUCAAAAAGCACAGCGGCUUGUACUUUUGGAGUUUCCUGGUUUCGACAUGGGGCGUGGCCUUUAACGGCACUGGCUACCUCAUCAAGUAUCUUGCCGUCGAUGUGUCCGCCAACCUCUAUGCGACUCUCAUCCUGAUAGGCUGGUGCUCGAUGAUCACCGGUCAAUCAGUUGUGCUCUACUCUCGACUGCACAUUGUCAUGCACAACCAGCGCCGCUUGCGCCUGGUGCUGAUCAUGAUCAUCACCAACGCAAUCUGGCUGCAUCUACCCGUCAUAGUUUUAGUUUACGGCGCCAACUCGGCAAACCCGAAGCCGUUCACGAAGCCGUACGACAUCUACGAGAAGCUCCAACUGAGUGUUUUCUUUAUCCAGGAAAUCAUCAUUUCAGGGUUGUACGUCUGGGAAACAAGCAAGCGCCUGAAACUAGAAAAGAGUCUGGGCAACACGAAAACGAAGGCCGUCUUGAACCAUUUGAUCUACGUCAACAUCCUCGUUGUUUUCCUCGACAUCUCCAUCCUCGGCCUCGAAUUCGCAAACCUCUACGACAUCCAGACCGCCUGGAAGCCGCUUGUGUACAGCGUCAAGCUCAAGCUCGAGUUCAGCAUCCUCAACCGCUUAGUCGAGCUGACGCGAGGGUCCAGAAACGACAGCUCCUACACCCGCAGUGCGCAUGCCACCCAACAUGAUGUGGCAUUGGAGACGUUCAACGGAGAGAGGGGGAGACACUUUAGGGGAGCAAAUGGAGAACAUGGCCCCGAGUAUGAAGUCCGCGUUGGCAAGGGCGAAAACAACCCGACGACACAUGUCCAAAACUCUGUCCUGAUGAAGACGACCGAGAUCACAGUCCACAGCCACAGACGCACGAGCAAUAGCGACCACGACACGGAGAGUUUGGAGGAAAUCAGGGCAGGGAUUCCGAGCGAAGAGCGUGAUAAGGUACGAGGAAGCGCCUCGUCAACAUCGUCCGAAGUACAGUUCGCAAGGUUCAGAAACUGAGUUGCGGUUUACGAUAUCCAUCUAUUAAUUAAUUCACCUUGACCCUAUUCCAAGUCUGACAGUGGCUGGCCAGUUGUGUUGCUCAUUUGUGACGAUCCUUUGCUUCUAAUCGGUACGCGCCGC